AUGGCCUUCGCUGCGGUCGGAGCUGUUAGUUCGGUUGCUCCGCUGAUUCCAACACAUCGCCAGUGCAAAGUUGAGAUUGCGAAUGGAUGCAGUACCUACACUCUGUCUAACGUCAGUGUCUACACUAAAAGUGGAAGUGGAUGUGUGCCACCGACUAUUGCCUCUGGCGCAUCUGGGAAUGGAUUGUUCACCAAGACGCAAGGAGCAGCUCGAGGAGCUGUUGGCGUCUUCACUUAUGAUCUCCUCAACACACGCACAAAGAACAUCAGUGAGAAAAUAGCUGUCAUGUACUCUGUGCCCUAUGAUUUUAACCUGUACUCCAACUGGUACGCACUGGGAAUCUUUCCCAACUACAAAGAGUGCGAUUAUGAUCUUUAUUGUAAGAUGUAUUAUGAGAAUGACAAAACCUUUGUCAGAGGUAAAGCAAAGGGCCCCAGUCUAACUUAUAAGGGUCAUCACGUAACCAUCAGGGCAACAAUGUCAGACUCCUUCCAACCCAUCAUGAUGGUGCAAGUGAGCGAAAACUGA